GCGUGUUGGAGUCAAGUCACCUGAAUGAAGAAAUGGACUGCAUUAGCUUUUCCAAAGCCAGACAGAGAGGAAGAGUAAAAAGUGAAAGAGAAGUAGAGAAAGAAAACAAGCUCCGGGUACUAAGUCCACGCGGUGACUGUCAACGUUUGAUACCAACGCUUCAUUUCUUCCUCCGCCGCUGUGACGGCUUUUCUUGGACUUAAAAACACCUUGAAAAAGUAUCCCUUGUGAUUAAAAAGACAGGUGGGUGUAGACGGUUGUGGUGUCAGUUUGGUCUCCCAGUUUGGAGGCAGGCUGUCCCGGGACAGACACACACAUCUGCAUUAACAGAGACUAUCACAUCGACACAGAGACCAGCCCCCGUGAGAGGAAGGACUGAGCGUGUCACCAUGCCUGUGCGACAGAAAGAUGCUCAGCGAGCCCUGGAGCUUCUACAGCAGUACCGGACUAAACUUGACCAAAGACAGCAGAACCAGAGCCGGAGCAAACAGGGCAGCGUGGAGGAGGACUCACAGCUGCAGCAGUCUCUGGACAGAGUCAUCAAUGUCUUCCAAAGUCAGCUCUUCAGUGCUCUGCUUGACAUCCAGGAGUACUACGAGUUGACCAUCCUCGCUGACAGUGACAGUUCUGUGGACCAGACAGCCGGUCCCUGGAGCCUCCCUGACUCCUAUAACCCCCCAGCAGAGCCUUCUCCCCAGCCACAGCCCCCCUCAGUUACCCUGAGCCCCCCAGCUAGUGAAGGAUCAUCCCAGCUAAAACGUCUGUCCCCCAAACCCAGGUCGAUCAAGUCCCAUGCUGCUCCACUACCAUCCGGGACACCCACAUCAAAGCCAUCUUCCCCUACAACACAGUCUGUUUCACCGGAGUCACAACCAGCCAAGCUCAAGUGUCGUGCUCCCCUCCCUCCUGUCCAAUCAGGAGUCUCCAAAUCAUUGGCGUCUGAUUCUCUGCCCUCUUCUCCUUCUGCUGCCACAUCCCCCGGAGCCCCAGUGAAUGGUGUAGAAACCCCCAAAUGCCCAAUAAAAAAACCUCCUAGAUCAGCACUGAAUGGAACAAAGCCUCAACUCACUGCCACCAACUCUAAUGUUUCGGUGGCAAGCUCCACCUCCUCCACCAUUCCACAGAGUGAUUCCACCUCUCCGGACCCCAACCUGACGACUGUCUCGGCCCUCGUCUCCAGCACCAUCGAGAGCUUUGUGUUUCCAAUUUCUCCGGACAAACUCACCCCAAAAAGCGGCAGUCCUGUCACCAGCCCGGGUCCCAUCAGAGUCACAGACGCUGUCGUAGUCUCCACAUCACCUGUGACCACCAAGGAUUCAGGCUUCGGCCAGGUCACUCCCAGCACGAGUCCAAGCAGCCUCAACCAGGGAAAGCUCAGCUUCAGCAGCCGCAGUCCCAGAAGUCCUACAGGGCCUUUGACUAAAGGGCUUCAUCUGAGUCCGACCAGCCCCGGGCCAGUUAAAGUCACCUCCACCAGCCCGAGCCACGGCCCAGCCAGCCCCCGGCCAGCAACCAGCCCACUGAUCCCCAACAAGGUAGAAUCACCCGAGGGUCCGUAUGAUGACGAGGGGUGGCGUCACCCAGAGGGGGAGAGGCUGAAUGAAGUCCCAGCCCCGCCUUUCUCUUCCCUCUAUUCUCAUAGCCACGCCCACUACCAGGCCAACCCCCCUCCAGUGGUGGUCAACACCGACAGCGUCGACACCCCCCCAUAUGUCAAUGGAACAGAAGCAGACUAUGAGUAUGAGGAAAUCACGCUGGAGCGGGGUAACUCAGGUCUGGGGUUCAGUAUCGCAGGAGGGACUGAUAACCCUCACAUCGGAGAAGACCCCUCUAUCUUCAUCACCAAGAUUAUACCUGGAGGGGCCGCUGCCCAAAAUGGACGACUCAGGGUGAACGACUGUAUAGUCCGGGUAAAUGAGACGGACGUCAGGGACGUGACCCACAGCGGGGCGGUGGAGGCGCUGAAGGACGCAGGAGGUCUGGUCCGACUGUGCAUACGGCGCAGGAGGAGCCUGAGCGAGAGGGUCCUGGAUAUCAAGCUGGUCAAAGGGCCCAAAGGUUUAGGAUUCAGUAUAGCAGGCGGAGUCGGAAACCAACAUGUCCCGGGGGACAACAGUAUCUACGUGACGAAGGUCAUCGAAGGAGGGGCUGCACACAAAGACGGACGGCUACAGAUAGGGGACAAACUUAUGGCUGUGAACGCCUCCUGUUUGGAAGAGGUGACUCAUGAGGAUGCCGUGGCUGCGCUGAAGUCCACUCCUGACGUCGUUUAUCUCCGUGUGGCCAAACACACCUCCCUUUUUAUCAAUGACAACUUCCCUCCUCCUGACGUCACCAAUUCGUACUCCCCACAUCAAGACAACCAUAUUAGCCCCUACAUGAGCGGCAGCCAGUCUGUAAGCCCCGCCCCGCUGACCACGCCCAGAUACUCUCCGUUGCCCAGGGCGAUGACUGGAGAAGACGACAUCCCGAGGGAACCCAGGCGGGUGGUGCUCCAGCGGGGGACCACAGGUCUCGGUUUUAACAUUGUUGGAGGAGAGGAUGGAGAGGGAAUCUUCAUCUCCUUCAUCCUCGCCGGGGGUCCAGCGGAUCUCUGUGGGGAGCUACGAAAGGGAGACCGCAUCCUGUCGGUGAAUGGUGUGGACCUGUCCAGUGCAACACAUGAGCAGGCAGCAGCAGCUCUGAAGAACGCAGGACAGACCGUUACCAUAGCAGCGCAGUACAGACCUGAGGAGUACAGUCGUUUUGAGGCGAAGAUCCAUGACCUAAGGGAACAGAUGAUGACCAGCAGUGUCAGCUCCAGCUCCACGUCGCUCCGCUCCACACAGAAACGCACCCUAUACGUCAGAGCAUUGUUCGACUACGACGGCAGUGUGUCCGAUCUGAGCGCGCCCGGUCAGGUCCUGCCCUUUCAUUUCGGGGAUGUCCUCCACGUGACCAGCGCUGGCGAAGAGGAGUGGUGGCCCGCCCGCCACCUCAGCCCCCCGCCUCCAAACUGCCCUGAAGUCGGCGUCAUCCCCAGCCGCAGGAGGGCAGAGAAGAAGGAGAGGUCGAGGUUAAAGACGGUCAGAGUGGCGAGGUCUCAGGACAGAUCGGAUCAGGAUGAUAAAGAGCUGGUAACCUCUUGCACCAGCGAUAGUGAGAGUAGUUCCUCCGGCCAGGAGGAGACCCUCCUCACAUACCAGCCUGUCAUGCAACUGGAAGUUACUUACACCCGACCAGUCAUAGUGCUUGGACCAAUGAAAGACCGGAUCAACGAUGACCUCAUCUCCGAGUUCCCUGACAAGUUUGGCUCCUGCGUCCCACACACAACGCGGCCGCGGCGAGACUACGAGGUGGACGGCAGAGACUACCACUUCAUGGCCUCCAGAGAGGUCAUGGAGCAGGAGAUCCAGGAACACAAGUUCAUCGAGGCGGGACAGUACAACAACCACCUGUAUGGGACCAGCAUACAGUCGGUCAAAGAGGUCGCUGAUAAGGGUAAACACUGCAUACUGGAUGUAUCAGGGAAUGCGAUAAAGCGUCUCCAGUUGGCAGGCCUUCAUCCCAUCGCUGUCUUCAUCAGACCACGCAAUGUCGACAACAUCCUAGAGAUGAACAAACGCUUCAAUGAGGAGCAGGCGAGGAAGACCUUCGAAAGAGCCGUCAAACUGGAGCUGGAGUUCACAGAGUUCUUCACCGGUAUCGUCCAUGGCUCGACUCUAGAGGAGGUGUAUUCGCAGGUGAAGCAGAUCAUUGAGGAGCAGUCUGGUCCUUACAUCUGGGUGCCCACCAAGGAGCGACUCUGAACAAACACACAUCAUCACACACAUCACUAUUUCCACACUUCCUACAUCUCUCAUUUUCUAUUAUCAGCCUGCUUCCUCUCUAUCUAUCUCUUGUACACACACAUUAGUACACACACACACACACACACACACACACAUUUACACAAGCACAUAAAGUCGGACAGGGCUGGGACUAUCUGGGACUGCUACUUCCUGAAGUGGGAGGGGCUAAUGUCUGUCCAGCAGCCUAUCGGUGGAUCUUCCUACGGCUCAGUUCCUUAAUGUUUAAGGAGGUGGUUUAAAUCAUGGCGACAUGUACCAUUAUCUGAUUUGAUUUCAUUAUUGUUCUUCUUAUUGUUGUUGUCGUUGUUGUUUUCAUAUUAACGAAGGGUAAUGCAUUCAUGUAUGGGUUUGUAAUGAUAUUAUUGUCACCAAGAGGCAGACUUUUGCACGCUGUAGCUUUAAGAGCAUGUUUUUGGGACAAAAUCUUGAUCUCCUUCCCAACUGUCCGUUUCAUGGCAUUGCUCCUGUUAAGUCUUUUCUAUCUUUCUCUCAUAUCCCAUAUCUUCCUCCUCCUCCUCUUCCUCCUCCUCCUCCUCUUCCUUCUUCCCCUGCAGACUACAGACUUUAUACAUGAGGUGAUGAUUUUAUAAUCUGCAUCAGCAUUUUGGUAUCAAAGGCCCAAAUGGAACUAAAGUACAAUUGGAGACAAGAAAACAAUAUGUCCUUUAAGAAGCAGCAUUUUGCAGUUAAAUAAUCAUUAGAAAAGUAAAUUAGAUAGCUUUGUAAUAAAUAACAUAUUGAGGCUUGUGGUGUGUUUAGAGUUCAUUUGGAGCCCUAAACCCACGUUUCUCAAAUAAAAAGAAAGAUUCCAAAAGGGAAAUUAAAAUAUGCUCAAAACAGAGACUUUUAUCCAGUUAAUUGUUUUUGAAUAUGUUAACAAUUCACUCAGUGAUGUGAACAAAAUGUAUCAUCAUUUCUCCAGUGGAAAUGUACAGUUCAAUAAUGUAUGGACACAUUAAUGGUCUGAAAUGAAAAAAAGUCUGCUGAUGGUACACCAGAGAAAACAGACAACAAGGGUACAUUAGUGCCACUUUGCAAGGUGCAGAUAUAAGAAUAUAUGGCAAGUGAUUGCAAACGGAAUCAAUGGCUGCUUUACUUGUGUUUUUUGCACCCAAAUUUACACAAGAAGCAAAGGGAAGAAAAAGUCGUUUAGAAUCCUAUUUAAUGCUCAAACCGAGUGACAAAGAAUAGGCUAAAACUACGAGUCAUUUAUAUCAAUAGAAAUUUGACAAAUAGUUUACAUUUGUAAUGAAGUCAUUUCACUUUUCGCAGUUUGAUACAGUUCCUGAAAAACUUCACUGAAGUCUUCGUCUCGUAAGGGCUUUUCUGCCUCCCCCCCUCUCUUCCUCCUCUCUGACUCAUUGCGUUCAUCCCCUCUGCCCCUCCCCCCCUCUCUCUUUCUUCACAUUCACACUGUGACAUUAGUCGAUCACUCCACCAUCAAUCAGUGUAUCAUCUUCUUCAUCAACACGAUCAUCAUAAUCAUCAGCAUCAAUGUUAUAACUCUCCUUCUUACUGUAGUUGCACUAAUGAGGGCUGGUUUCUUAAAAGCAUCUUAACCCGUCCCAGUGUUUCUGGUGUGACACACUCACUCUCCUUUCAGUUUUCAGUGAUUAUAUUGCUAGUUUGAAAGAGCAAAAAAAGGUCAGGGAACUCUUUAUGGUCAUUUGCUGUAUGUCACGCUACUGUAGUUAAAGUUACUCGUCACCCACUCCUCUCGUAAACGCUACUGUCAAGGACCACCAAUGAACUGCAUAAGGUCUCUUUGAAACAGGUUUCUGUCAUGCUGGAUUUGUAUGAGCCUUCAGUCCCAGUGUGCAUGAAUAUCACCUGAAAAUAACUGCAUUUGUGACCUUUGUGCUCCCAUAAUACAGGUGGACAAUCAAAGUGUUGCAUUUUUACCUGUUAUCCAGAAAUAGGUUGUUUUAUCAAAGGUGUUUUAAUGGUCUCACACAUAGUUUGCCCACUAUGAAACAAUUGUGAGAAUGUGUUUUUAUUUUUAAUCCCUGUCUCCUGCUUUUUGGAUCUACAAUAUGCAACUUUACAGUACUACCAAGUACCCUAUCUGUACUAGCUGUGUCAUUCAUGUGACCCCUGCCUUGGACAUCCUCAUGCAUCGUUAUUCACAUCUUGUAAAACAUCUUGUGACACAACCCUCUGUUGGGUAACAGGUAAAAAUGAAUGGUUUGACUUUUCACGUAAAGCGACUAUAUCAAUAUUUUUCUAAUAAGAAUGUAUCAAAUGACACAAUGUGAAAACGUAUGACAAGGUUAACAGAAAAAUCACCUGAAUCUGCAUCUCUCCACAGCUUAACGUGAGUUUCAGUUUCAAGUGUUAGCCAACUGGCCCACCACUUAGCCGAUUCUCACUGCUCUCAUAGUAUUGUUUUAUUCUGCAGCACACAGCUGUUCAACUUCUUAAUGAAUUAUUUCUUAAAACAAGUUCACUGUCCACUACCUGCUCAGAAUCCAACAACAGACUUACUCAGUUAGCAUCGAGCUGCUAAACAUAAUGGAGCAUGUAGCACCAAAGGAGCCAGAUAUUUAACCCAGGAGACGGUGGAGACCAAAAUCAGAGCUAAAAGAGAGUGAUGUCACAUAGGGGCUCACCCGACAUGACGACAAAAUCUGUUAUCAAUUGAACAUUUGGAAUACCGAGAUGCUUUAGGUAACACGGCCCCUGUAUGGACCUUGUCAGCCGCCCACUACUCAUCUCCACCCUCAACCCCCACAAGGCGAUUCCUCCAAGCUGACUGGAGACCAGAGACGUGCAGAAAGACCGUUCUGUCAUCAGAAUAGCUUUAAGACCCAAAUAAUAAAUUGUUUUGACCACAUGUGUUUUGAGAGCUUUAAUAUUUCCUCACAGAAUGUCCGGCUAAAUAUUAUUUUUUUCAUCGGUAAUCCUCCAUGACUUGGCCGUGGUGUUGUCAGUUGACAGAACUGGACUCUCUGUGUGACUCUGCUGUGUUUCAGCCGGGGGACCAUGCCACUGUCUGUUAGAGUAAAGCACCGAUGCAAAGUAUCUAUUACAGAGAUGGAACUACUGUAUAUCUUACAUAUUAUAAUAUUUAUCCCUGCUCUAACUGCCUAUUUUGGUACAAAAAAAUAAAAGUCUUUAUUGAGAUUUACUGAAAUCA